CAAUUCGAAGUUGUGAGUACACAUGCCUCUAGCCUACAUAACGAGGUAAUAAAUAUUGUUUUACCGAGCACUUUUAACAGUGAAUUAACGCACAAGUUUUACGUAUAUAGUGUAGACGAUAGGUAUGACGGAUUGAUAGGUAGCGACUUACUUAAACAGCUUGACGCAAACAUUGAUAUGAAAUCACAGACACUCUUUACCAGGGACACAAGUAUUCCCAUCAUAUAUACGUCACCAACUAGAUUUUCAUACGAAUUACCACCGCGUAGCGAGUUAAGGGUCAAACUUCCAGUUAAUUUAUUAAAUGGAUACGGCAUUUUAGAACAGAAAACUUUUACUGAAGGAGUUAGGAUGCCCGCGGCAUUAGUUACAUGUGAACAAGGUUUUGCUACCACUGUAAUCCAGAACUGCAAAACAGAACACAUGACCCUUAAAGUCAAUGCACCAUUUAGAGUAGAACCAUAUAAUAAUACAGAAAACCAAUGUCAGCUCAAUUUUAACGCGGAAAAUAACAAUAAUAUAGACAGCCUAUUAACAAAAAACCUGUCUAAAUUAAAAUUAGAACACAUGAACAAAGAAGAAAAAGAGGUCAUAGGUAAUAUCUGUAAGGAAUAUAAAGAUAUUUUUUAUUGUGAGGAUAUCCCCCUGUCAUUUACUAACCAAGUAAAACAUGAAAUCAGGACAUUAAACGAAGAUCCCAUAUUUAUUAGGGCUCAUAGGUUGCCACCGUCCCAAACGGCGGAAAUUAAAAACCAAGUUGAAAAGAUGCUUAAGGAUAACGUGAUACAAGAAUCACACUCCCCCUGGAGUGCCCCGGUUCACCUGGUACCAAAAAAAAUGGAUGCCUCCGGGAAACAAAAGUGGAGAAUGGUCGUCGACUACCGACGACUAAACGAAAUAACGGUAGACGAUAAAUACCCCCUUCCAAAUAUUAGUGAUCUAUUCGACAGUUUAGGCAAGAGUAUGUACUUCACGACCCUGGACCUUGCCAGUGGCUACCAUCAGCUCGAGGUCAAGCCAGAGGAUAGAGCAAAAACUGCCUUCAGCACUCCGUUCGGACAUUACGAAUUCAACAGAAUGCCGUUCGGUCUGAAAACAGCACCUGCCACCUUCCAAAGAGCAAUGGAUAAUGUCCUUAGGGGCCUCCAAGGUAUACACUGCCUAAUUUAUCUUGAUGACGUCAUCAUUUUCUCAAAAAGCCUUACUGAACACGUCCAGAAACUACGUGCGGUAUUUGAUAGAUUCAGACAGACUAAUUUAAAAGUACAACUCGAUAAGUCACAAUUCUUAAGGAAAGAAGUAUUGUACCUAGGACACACGAUUACUAGGGAUGGUUUAAAACCUAAUAACGACAAAAUAGACUCCAUUCUGAACUACCCUAUUCCCAAGACUACAACUGAAAUUAAAAGUUUUCUAGGACUUAUAGGAUAUUAUCGGAAAUUUAUCAAGGAUUUCGCCAAAAUAACAAGACCAUUAACUGUAUGCUUAAAGAAAGGCCGUAAAAUCGAGUUAAACGAUGAAUACAAAAAUAGCUUCGAAACUUGUAAAAAAUUAUUAACCAAUGCACCCCUUUUACAGUUCCCUGACUUUAAAAAACCUUUCAUACUUACUACAGACGCGUCAAAUUACGCAAUAGGAGCUGUUUUAUCGCAGGGACCAUUAGGAUCAGAUAAACCUAUAGCAUAUUUUAGCAAAACAUUAGGCGAUACACAAGCUAAAUACAGUACCAUUGAAAAAGAACUUCUAGCAAUUAUAGAAGGAGUAAAGCACUUUAGGCCGUAUUUAUAUGGCAACAAAUUCACUAUAUAUACAGAUCACAGACCGUUAGCAUGGCUAUACUCUCUAAAAGAACCAAAUAGCAAGUUAACACGCUGGAGAUUACGGUUAGAAGAGUAUGACUUUGAGAUAAAAUAUAAGAAAGGGCCUCAGAAUACAAACGCUGACGCUUUAUCAAGGAUUAGGUUAAACGCUAUAGAUGACGACAUAGAAUCCAUGCUAGUUAACGUAGACGCGGAUAACGAAAGAUUACAGGAUGUAGUAAAAGAAUUAGAAGAAGAUUUAGCCAAGUAUAGCAAUAGGGAAUCAGUUCAGGAAAUCAUGGAAAUCUCGGACUCUGACGAUGGAGCAACAGCCCAUUCAAUAUCAAACCGGGAACAUGAAGGAAUACCCAUACUUAAGGAAGCCAUUGACACAAAACCAAAACAAAUAAUAGUGUACAAAUGGUUCAUGGAUAAACUAUCAGUCAAAGAUAUUUCUAAUAAAAAACAGAGGAUCCUAGAAGUCCAUUUACCACUUAACAAGGAAAAUCUCGUAAAGGAUUUUUUCAAGGAAUAUGUAGACUUUAAACACAAAUAUUUCAUUUACUACGAAGACACAACUUUUAGACCCAUAUUUACAAAUGUAGUUACUCAACUAUACAAAAAGGGUAUGGUUAAUUUAGUAGAAUGUACAGAACGAAUAAUAAACCUAACAAGUUCUGAAAAUGAUCAAAUUGACAUAAUUCGCAAAUAUCAUGAGGGUAAAACAUGCCAUCGAGGUAUAAACGAAACAUACACUCGACUUAGGAGAAAUUAUUGGUGGAACAACAUGAAAGAAACUAUAACCGCCAUUAUUAACGGAUGUGAACAAUGUAAAAAAAUGAAAUAUGAAAGAAAACCGAUUAAACCUCCUAUACAAUUAACACAAACACAGGACGCACCAUUCCAAGAAGUUUUUAUAGACUUACUAUUUAUUGAGAGUAAAUAUUAUUUAACAAUAGUCGACGCUUUUAGUAAAUUAGCACAGGCAAUUCAUAUUCCAAACAGGAGCACACCAGAGGUAGUUAGAGCACUAAUUAAAUACUUUAGUAUGUAUGGCAUACCCCAAAAAAUCAAUAGCGACCCGGGAACAGAAUUUAACAAUGAACUUCUAAAAGAAUUACUUAAAUUUUAUAAAAUAGAAUUACACAUAGGCACCCCAAACAACCCGACUUCAAUGGCAGUAGUCGAAAGAUUCCAUUCGACUAUUAUAGAAAUCUAUCGUCUAGCAAAAUACGAAAGAAGCGAUCAGGACGCGUGUUCAGUUAUGACAUACGCCAUAAUGGCCUAUAACAACACAAUACAUAGAGCCACAAACUUUACUCCCUUCGAAAUAGUAUUUGGUCACACUGAGUCAGGCAAUAUGUUCGACACUGAUAAAGAAUUGAAUUUGUUACAAAAAUUAAUACAGGAUCAUAGGAAACGUUUAAAAAUUUUAUAUGAAUUUGUGAAAGAAAAACUUGAGACGGAUAAAAUACAGGUUAGAGAUAAGAAAGGAGGCGAAGAGCCACCAAAAAUUGAAGUAGGAGAUAAAAUCUUUAUGAAAAAUACUAGGACUAGGAAAGCUAAGGAUUUACCACGAUUUGAAACAGCGGAAGUAAUAGGCGAAUGUAGUAGAAACAUACUACCUGUACAGAUAAAAAAUAGAAAUAGUAAAGUAGCAAUUAAGAAUAUUAAACGCCCUUCACAGGUUGUUCGUGAUGGCGCUAGCACUAGCAAAACAGACACACGGUCUGAAAAUACAAAAGCUAGACCCGAAUCCAGGAAUAGCUCCGAUUCGGAUUGGGACAGCGAUGAAGAAGAUUGAUCACUGGAGUAUUUUUAAGACCCUAGAUUUAGAUUUGAUAGAAAAACAAGUAGAUAAUAAUAUUGGGGAAUAUUAUAGAAUAAAAUCAUCAGCGUUUAAAGAAACUGAAAUUCGCAGAGAAUUAUUCGGAUUAUCAGUUCAAGUAGAAUCUAUAAUUAGUUUAACAAAAGCUAGGUUAGCUCAAAUCUUGCCAACAUACAGAGUAAAGCGUGGUUUAUUAAACCCGUUAGGCUCAAUAAUUAAGGUUAUUUCAGGUAAUCUUGAUAACGAAGAUGCUAUUAAAUAUGACCAAGAAAUAAAUAAAUUAAAAAAUAAAGAACACUGUUUGGAAAAAAAAAUUACAGUAAUGAAGAUCGCUGUCGAAAAAUUAGUCAAUGUCUCAAAUGACAUUAAUCUUAACGUACAACACGUUAACUUCUACAAUAACCGUCUAGGAAUGAUAGUAAAUAAUCAAACUACUCUUCACAGCUCAUUCAGAUUAAUGAAUAGUAUGUAUCAAAUUUUUAAUAACUUUCGAACCUUAUACCAAGUUAUAUAUGAAAUAGAAACAGCUAUUGCCUUUAGCAAAUUACAUACUUUGCAUCAAUUUAUUAUUAACUCAACCGAAUUAUUAAUUACUUUUACAGAAAUAGAAAAACACGCAAACCUAUUGUAUAAAGUUAACGAAUAUAACUUAGUCAACUUAGAACAAAAUAUGUUAAUGAAAUCAUACCUAAUUGAUAAGAAGUUAGUUUUUAUAUUAGAAAUACCUAUUGUAGAAAAUAACACAUAUAAUUAUUACAAAGUUAUGCCCAUCCCUAUCCAUAAUCCCACUACCAACAAAACCCAUGCCAUAAUUCCACAAUACCCUUACCUAAUAGUGAAAAAGUUAAAAUACAUUCCCGUAGCACACCCCUGUGAGGAGAUAAACAGAGACAGAUAUCUCUGCACCAGUGAUGACAUCGUCCAGUACCAGAAUGAACUCUGCAUUGAACAACUGAUGCUCCUGAAAAACAACUACAGUGCUUGCCUACAACGAGAAGUCAAGAUCGAAAAAACGAGAAUCCAGCCCAUCACCGACAGCCAAUGGAUACUGUUUUUCAAGACCAACACAAUACUUACCGAACGAUGCCAAGACGAAACCCGGAAGCACACACUGCACGGCACUUUUAUCUUACUACGAGACCAAAGCUGCGAGAUACAGAUAGACGGAUCGACGCUAUCACCACUAACAAACGCUUCAGCCAUGGAAACCCACGUACCGCCAAUCCAACUACCAGAAUUGGACCAGAAUCGACCCCAGUGGACACCGGUCGACCUACGUAAUGUGGACCUCAGAGACAUAAGUUCAGUGCUUAGUGAUAUAGAAACGGACUACAUGUACAGUGAGGACAAUUUCAGUGUAACAACAAAAAUUAGUGUAUGGACAAUAAGCAUCUACAUCAUAGUUAUCUUAGUUAUUAUUAUGUUAUCAUGGUUAUUUUUAAAAAGGAAUUUUCAUAAGACAACUGUGUUGCCCUUAGAAAAUUCCUCAUUAGGGGAGGGAGGUGUUAGAGACUUGAACCCUCAACAAAUCAGCUUCGUAAGCAACACCCAUUGCUCCACUUAGGGCAUUGCU